CCAGCUGUUCAGGCAGCUCUAGCAUUUGUUCUGUUCUGUUCUGAUACAGACAUCGCUCGAACGCAUCUCCCCACAUCGCAUCAGUUGCUUGCAAGAUCUCGGUCGGUGUCGGCAGCGAGUCACAAUUUCUCACGGAACGAUACGCGAAACUUCCUACAUAUUGCGCGUCGAUUUCUCCCUACCAGAGUGGUGGCAGUAGUGUGACGCAGUGCCGUAGAACAAGUGGAAUAAUCCACUACGAAGCAGAACAAGUUUCGUCGCCCCAAGCCCCAAAAACGACUCUCGAACGUCGCAGACCAGCGCUAGACUCAGGAGGAGCAGCUGAGAAAGUAACAGGACGCGGACGGACGAACAGACGGUGUCGUGGCCAGAAAUCAGGCGCCUCCUUUUAAUCGAUUCUGCUGGAACCUACCUAGUGGCAUUUUUUGAGCAGCGCGUCCCGUCAGAACAUCUAAAAUGUUCAGCGGAUUCACAGGAGGUGCAACGUCAUCUCUGAAGAAUCUCGGCAGCAAGGCCGAGGGCCUGUUCGACAAGAAGAAGAAGGAGGCUCAGGAUUUGGCCAAUGAGAAGGUCCAGUCGGCCCAGAGCAUGGCCGAGGACCAGGCCAAGAAAACGCAGGAAGCCUUCGGCAAAACCAAACAGGACGCCGAAAACUUAGCCACUUCAGCAGCAUCUGAAGUCCAGGCUACCAAAGACCAGGCCACGGCCGUAGCUUCCGGAACCAAGGAGGCUGCCGGUACCUUGAUGGACCAUGCUAAGCAAGCCGCCGAGAAUGCCGCUCAACAGAGCGCUCAAGUCGUUGAGAAGGCUAUCGAGGAUCAGAUGAAGGCGGCUGAAGAGAAGAUCGAUGAAGGCAUGAAAACGGUAAGCAAUGAAGUGGACAAGAAAAUGCAAGAUGCUAACAAAUAUGCCGAUGAGAAGCGAAACGAUUUGGUGCAGGGAGUCAACAACGCUGCAACCAAGGCGCAAGAAUCGGCUACAUCAACGGCUGCUGGACUUCUCGGAAAAAUGAACAUUGGAAAGUAAAUCUUCGCUCUAACAUUUUAACAGUAAUCUCUACAACUGAACAACAUGCAAACUCAACUUGACAGAAUAUUCCCUUGAAACAUUACAAAUGAUAAUUAUUAAUCUGAUAUUAAAAAAAAAUGAACAUCGAAUGAGCGCAACAGUUUUCGUCGCCGUGAUUGUUCCAGCUUUCUAAUGAAAUAAAUAUUAAAAAAAAAAAAACAAAUAAUCAAUCCAAAGUUUUUCAACACACAAAAUGCAAAGCAUCGCACGAAAUUUUUGAAAUUUUAAUGCUUACCUGAUGAAAUGCGACCAGUUCAAAGCAUAUGGCCUUAAGCAUACUAUAAAUAUAAGUAAUGCAGAAGAUAGUAUACAAUUUAAUUUUGAAUCAAAGAGAAUAAUCUAUAAACAUAUUAUAUGAUAUAAACUUCGCUGAUGCCUCGACAUUUUCAAGCAUACACACAAACAAACACACAUACAAGAUGUGAUUUUUUUUCUAGACUUUCGAAAUGAAUCUUACAAUUAAAAGAAAAACAAAACAAUUACUACGUAGUAGCGAAAUGAUUGAAAGCUUUUUGAACAGAGAUAACUUUUUUGACAAGUAGAAAUUUAGUGCACCAAUCGAAAUGAUUGAAACAAUUGUUGAAUAAAUGUUACUCAACUUA